GCGAGUUCAGAUCAACUGAUGACGUGGUGGUGCCGUUCGCUCAGCUGCGCGAGAGGAUGGCUGACCAGAGCAGGCAAAUCAAACUCGCUGCAGCCAAGAAAAAGCUGAAGGAGUUUCAGCAGAAAAGUUCUCCAUCCACUGGAAGUGCUGGACCAAAGAAGAAGAGGAAAGUAAAAGGAGGCGAUCAGCCAGAUUCGACCGCUGAUAGACACUCGCCAGAAAAUGUGAGUCAGAUUGAGAAUAUUCUCAAAGUUAUGGUGUCUGAUCUUAGUCAGACUAAUGGAGUGUCACAGCCUCCAUUGGUUAACAGUCAGGAUCAUAUGGAUGUGGAGAAGCGGGUCUCACAGGAGCUGGAGGAGCCCGGUGCAGAACCUGUCCAAGACUCAUCUGUCUCUAACCUCGCUUAUGCUAUUAACACUGAGUGUGCCGCUGAUAGUGCAGCCCUGCAGAGUUACUCAGCAGAUGCAAACGGUGAUGAACGUCCGCUGGAGGAAAAGAGGCCUCUGUCGUCCACAGAAAGUUUAAGACAGCUUUCCCAGCAGCUUAAUGGACUUCUUUCUGAGUCAACAACAUACAUCAAUGGGGACAGCGGACCACCGACCAUCAAUGAGAAAGAACUGGAGAAUCGCAACCAAGAGCUGGCGGCUGCUCUGGACUCCAGCGCGCUUACAAACGCCCAGCUCACAACCAAACUCGAGACACUGACGAAACAGUCUCAGGAGCUUUCUGACCAGCUGCAGAAGGAGCGGAAAGAAUUUGGACAGAAGUUUUCUAAGGAGCAGGGCGCCAUGCGUGAACAGCUACAGGUUCAUAUCCAGACUAUAGGCAUUCUGGUGUCUGAGAAAUCGGAGCUCCAGACGGCCUUGUCUUACACACAGCAGGCAGCACGACAGAAGACAGCCGAGGCAGAGGAUCUAAACUCACGACUGCAGGGCAGUAAACAGCGAAUCUCAGAGUUGGAGAGGACAUUAUCUACAGUAUCCACCCAACAGAAACAGUUUGAGAAGUACAAUAAAGAUCUUGAGAAGGAGAGAGACAGUCUUCGAGUGGAAGCCCUCAGACUGAAUAAAUCGAGUGAGGAGUCCAGGCAGCAGAUAUCUGAACUGUCCGAGCGGGUCAAGUUAACAGUAAAUGAGAACAACACCAUGAAACUUGAACUUCAGGAUCUCCGGAAACGUUUGGAGAUGGCGGACGACAUGCUGCAGCAGUUUUCCAAUCAUUCUGGACCUACAUCAGAACACCAGCAAGUUCAGCUUCUCCUGGAGGAAAAACAUCAAUUAGAGCAGCACACGGCUCAGCUGAUGGAGUCAGUAGCUCAGCUGCAGGUGGAGAGAGAUCAGUACGCGCUUCAGAUACAGGAAGAGGGUCGAGUAUGGAAGGAUAAAACCGAACAGCUCCUUGCCCAGGUACGGCUGAUGUCUGAGGAAAGGGACAGCACUGCUGCUCACAUUAAUGAACUGCAAGAGAAGAUCUUAGAACUGGAAAAUGCUGCAGCUCUGAUGAACAAAGAGCAGGAGCUUCACGCUGUGUCACAGACCUCAGGACCCUCAGAAACUGAGCUGGCCCUUCAGGAAUCCAUCAACAACCUUCAGCAGGAAAGAGACUCGCUCAGUCUACAGUAUCAAGCACAGGUGAGGGACAAUGAGCAGCUAAGUCGACUGGUGCAGGAACAGGAAGUCCGUCUGGAUGAGUUGGAGAGACAGGCAGAACGAUCCGCUGAAAACUCACAGGAUCGGCUACGCAUCCUAGAGGACGUCCAGAGCGAUAAGGCCACCAUCAGUCGAGCCCUGGCCCAGAACAGAGACCUGAAAGACCAGCUGGCCGAGCUUCAGAACGGCUUUGUCAAGCUGACCAAUGAAAACAUGGAGUUGACCAGCGCCCUGCAGUCAGAGCAGCACGUUAAGAAGGAGAUCGCUCGUAAGAUGGGGCAACUACAGGAAGAUCUUCACAAUGCCAAAGAACAGCUGCUGGAGAAGUCAAAUGAGAUGGAGUCCAUACAGGAACAAAGAGAUCAGUACCUGACCUAUCUGCAGCAGUACACGGCCGGCUACCAGCAGCUCGUGGGCGAACGGGAAAAUCUGCACAAGCAGUUCCUGCAUCAGACGCAGCUGAUGGACCGACUUCAGCAUGAUGAGGUGCAGAGCAAAGUGCAACUGGAACAAAGUCACAUGCAGCUGGAGCAGGCACAGGAGAAGUUAAAUCAGCUGGUCAGAGACAAUGAAGAGUUGAAGAGCGAAGUUCAGGAGCUCUUGAAUGGCUCCACAAUGAGCCAGUCAUCUAGAGACCAGGGCGAUGGUUUGGAAAGUCAUUCAUCUCCAGACAGCUUCCUGAAGUCUCAGAUUGUCAUCCCAGAAGACUUUGAGAGCAAAGAAGAGAUGGAGGAGUUUGUGCAUUCUGCUUUGUCACGUCUGGAGGAAGAGAAAGAUGAGAUGAGACGCAGGUUUGAAGAGGAGAGGAGACUUCAUCACGCCACCCGGCAACAAAUAGCAGCAAUGAGCCACGAGCAUCAUCAUCACAGCACAUAUACAGAGACGGGUGCAGCUUUGGAGAGCUCUGGUGGUGUUCCUGUGGAGGUGCACGAGGCUAUGCAGGUCGCCAUGGAGAAACUUCAGGGGCGUUUCACGACUCUCAUGCAGGAGAAGGUGGAUCUGAAGGAGAGAUUGGAGGAAUUGGAGCACCGCUGCAUUCAGCUUUCAGGAGAAACGGACACUAUCGGUGAAUAUAUUGCCCUGUAUCAGAACCAGAGAGCCAUCAUGAAACAGAAACACUUUGAAAAGGAGCAAUACAUCAACAUCCUGGCCAAAGACAAGGAAGAGAUGAAGGCAAAGUUAGCAGAGCUGCAAGAUUUGGUCAUGCGUUUGGUCGGGGAAAGAAACGAGUGGUACAGCAGGUACAUGAGCGCUGUCGGUAACCCUGACCUCCUGUUGUCUGGAGAAGAGCCGGUCCAGCCCUCAGAGAGACACCAACUCGACGCAGUGGAUGGUCCAGCUAUUCUGGACAUGAGCACUGCGGUCGAUGGGUCUUCAGCCUCCCAGUCCAGCAUGGAUCCCGACAUUCAAUCCCAGAUUCCCGAGAGGCCCGGAUCUGGACAGGAGCUUGCACCCGGACCCUCUCUGAGGCCCAAAGAAGACGGUACAGCCCGUCAAAUCAUGCAGCUCUUACAUGAAAUCCAGAAUCCUCAGGCCAGACCUACUUCCUUCCUGGGCGAAAACCCCUGCAUCCCAUUCUUCUAUCGGCCCGACGAACAGGAUGAAGUAAAGAUCUUGGUGGUCUGAAAACAUCUGUCACUGCUUUCUGUCAGACUCGGGUGAUGUUCGGCAUGUAGGGAUGGUGUUUGAUGAUGAUCAACAUACACGUUUUUCCUUUUUUCCUCCUUUUGUCUGGUUUCUCAUGGAAGUUUAUAUAUCCUAAAGGAUUCUAUUGUUUCUCCAAUCGAUUAUCAUAUUAUUAAAGCUCGAGUUUAUUAGCAGAUCAGAGAUGUUUUCUUCUUGAUGAUGCGGAGAUCUGUGGUCCAGUCAGCAGGAGUUGAUUCAUAAAUGCACACUAACAAGAAGUGGGUUUUGGUUCGAGAGAGCUGGUUCGGAGGAGCGAUUGUGUAGCAAGUAGGGAAAUGAAUUGUGGAGGACAACCGUAUUAUAUCGAUAUCGAGUUUGGUUUGAGAUGUGACGUGCCAACAGGAAGUGAUGCGGUUUUGGCAGCAGUAUAGUAUGAACUGGGUUUGCGAGGAUGAAACCAUUCCCAUUUUGAUUCACACAACCAAUUAAAAUGCAUUUGGAAGUUAAAACCUGAACAUUCUCAUGCACUUGUGUUGUAAAGCUCUUUUCUUUGUUAUAUUCUCUCGUCUUUAUUUACUACAAGAUUUAAUGUAUGUUUUGUCCCCCACGAACACACAAGCACCUUAUGUUACUCCAGAACAUGUGACCCGUCAAAUCCGGCCGUUCAGAGAUGGGGUGUAGUACAGACGUUUUUCACUGUAUGAUGCCUGCUGUGUGUCGGCUGAGAGUUUUGUUUAUCAAUGAAGAAUAUUGAAGAGAUGUCGAUGAAUGAAUGAUGUAAUCAUUACACAUGCAGACAUUCACCACAAUAGAGUAAACAUGAAGUAUAUAAUGCAUUAUAAAUGUGUUCACCAUGACCCGACAGACAGUUUAUGCUUUUGUGAAUAAUUGCGACCUUACCUAUUCAUAGUUACACUUGACGAAUGUUAUGCAUUCAAAUUAACACCUGAUUUCGUGUUGUAUAAUAUAAAAUAAAAUGUUUUAUGAUGCAUACCUAUUAUAAUGACAUAUUUAAAGAACACGAUAGCACAGAAGGCAUGAAGUUGGAUGUUGGAUAAAGUAAACAAGGCUAACUAUGAAUAGGUAUUGAUUAUUAUUUUUAUUAUCAUCACAUUAUGUGAAAUAUUUCCAUUUAAAAUGAUCCAUCUAUUAUAUUGUUUUAUAAGUAAUUGUAAACAGUUUUGUGUUUAUGUGUAUAUAUAGCAUCUAUGAACGAGUAUUAUGAGUUAUGACUGCUGUGAUUAUUUACAAAAGCAUUCUUGCAUUCAAAUGAAGGGAUGUGAAGACCCUUUAUAAUGCAUUAUAUAUCUGUAUUGCUGUGGUUUAUUAGUUUUUUAACCUGAGAAAUUGACUUAUGCUUGUGACCGUAUAGGAUAACUGGAACGCAUGUUAAACUAGAACAACAUAAAUGAGUUUACAUCUCAAUACUGUGUGUGUGUUGUGUGGCUGUUUUAGGUGCACUCAGGCACUUUAAUCUGAUCUUCGAGCAGUCAAUGUCCAUCUUAUACAACAUUUAUAGCCGAUUUCUUCAUGUAUUUUCUUUUUGAAUAGAUUUUAUUUUGGGCGUGGGCUUUAAGUUGUUUAUUUCGAUUUGAAGUUGUCUACGAGAGCUUGUAACAGAUGUGUAAAUAGUGUAACUGUGUAUCAUACUGUAUAUUCAUUUUGGGGACGGUAACGCUUAGAUUUACCUGCUGAAGAUAAAGAUUAAAUCUAGUGUGAAUAGAGGAAAGACGGAUAGGUGUGAUUUCAUACUAAAGCUUAUUGAAAUGCCAAUUCUAUUUAUUUGGAGUAAUCACACUAAUCUCUUUUCAUUGACAUUGUUAACACACAAUGAAGGAAUGAUGAUAGUUUCACAGAGAAAUAUUUCUGAUGUUGAUGAUUUUCCUCUUAAAUAAAAACCUGAUUAUGCAAAAGUG